AAGCCGACAACAUUUUUGGUCAGGCGUUGGAAGGAGGAAAGUAACGGUUUUAGCCUCUUUUUGUUCGUUUGUUCGGUUUUAACGGGACUCUGUGCCGGUUCUAGUUCUUCUACAGGACGAUGAAGACUCUGCUGCUGCUCUUCAUCAACGUUUCCCAGCAUGCCCUGGCUGUGGUGAUGGAGGUGUAUGCAGGAGAAAAGUCCAUCCUGCUGCCCUGUCGGUUCCCAGGUCAUAUACCUGAGGACGAUCCUGCAGUGAUGUGGACUCGCAGUGAUCUCGACCCCAAAUCUGUCCACCUGCUCCAAAAAGGAGGAGAUGAUCUUAGAGGACAAAACCAGCGUUACAGCGGACGCACAUCAGUGAGGUCUGAUGCUCUAAAAACUGGAAACUUCAGCCUCACUCUGAGGAACCCACAACUGACUGACAGCGGCAGCUACACCUGCUCCAUCAGUGAUGGAAGACAAGAACAGAGACUGACAGACAUACAGCUGCAGGUCAAAGACCAGCAGGUGGAGGUGAAGGUGGAGGAAGGCUCAGAGUCUGUCAUCCUGCCCUGCAAAACAACACCUGACCUGCCCGAGGACACCAGGGUGGAGUGGACUCGCUCUGAUCCAGACCUCGUGUACAUAAUCCAAAUGAAGAUGAAUGAAGACCUGCUGAGAACUGGAGACCGCAGUCUGACCCUGAAACAGCCCACACAGAGAGACUGUGGAGAAUACAUCUGCACCAUCUACAGGGACAAAGACAUCCUGAAACAGAAAGUAGUGCUGCAGGUCAAAGAACCAUUUCUAUCCUGGGCCACAGCUUUCCUGGUUUUACUGGUUCUUGUUCUAGUUGUUUCUGGAGGUCUUUUAUUUUGUUUCUGGCACAAUUUCAUGUCACUCUUUCAGGGGAAGGUGGAGGUGGAGGAGGGAGCAGAGUCUGUCCGGCUGCCCUUCAAAACCACAAAAAACCUGCCUGCUGAUGCAAAAGUGAUGUGGGAACGUUAUGAUGAAAGAAUGAUGGUCUACGUGUUCUGCAGGGAGCCUGAUGAGACAGAACAGCACGAGGAUUACAGAGACCGAACAGAGAUGAAUGAAGACCCGCUGACAACCGGAGACCUCACUCUGACCCUGAAACAGCCAAGACAGGAAGACAGUGGAGAAUACAAAUGUUUAGUCUGGAGGAGGGGAGACUUCAUCAGGAAGAAAUCAGUGCUGCUCACAGUCAGAGGUUUGUAACAGGUGGAGGAGGGAGGAGAGGAAGCACAGGUGGAUCCUCUGCAGAUGAGGAGCUUUUAUUGAUGUCACUGCAAUCAUCAAGAUCACAUGAUGGUGUUAAAUUGUUAUUUUUUCUUGUAAAUAUGGAUUUAAUUUAUAACCUGAGUUUUCCUUCACCCGACCUUUGAACCUGUUCCUACCUUUAGUCCUGAUGGCUCAUCAUAGUAAUAAAGGAGCAGUCCACAUAUUCUGCCUAUCAGUACCAUCCCCUCCUGUUUGCAAGUCCAGUCGGUCUUUGCUGUAUAAAUAGUCCUGCCCUCCACUCUGUAUGGUCCUCCAUGUAAUUAUCCACAUUUCUCAUCUCUGUCUCACCAUCUGUGCAGUCGGUACUUUUUAAAUAAAGCUCACUUUGUUUUAUUGAUCA